AUGGCAGCAGAAGGGAGUUCUGCACCGGUGUCGAUUCUGAUAUUCGACGGGUAUUAUGACCAUUGGUCAAUGUUAAUGGAGAAUUUCAUAAUAUCGAGGAAGCUUUGGAAUCUUAUUGAAGAUGGUAUUCCAACUGCAAUGCAAGUGACUCAACAAGCUACUACCUUCUCGACAGUUGUGGCAAAACAAAGGCAACAAACUGUCGAGACACAACGAAAGCAAGUAGAAGAACAACGCCAAAGGAUCGAGCAAAUGAAAGAAGAUGACCUCAAACUCAAGAAUUAUCUUUUCCAAGCCAUCCACAGAACCAUCAUGGAGACGAUCCUCGAUAAGUCAAGUUCCAAAAGCAUUUGGGACUCCAUGAAGAAAAAAUAUCAUGGUACUAACAGGGUGAAAAGGGCUCAUCGACAAGCUUUGAAAAGAGAGUUUGAGGUGCUUCAAAUGGGAGAAGAAGAAAAAGUGGAUGAGUACAUUGCUCGAACACUUUCACUAAUCAACAAGUUGAAGGUCCAUGGAGGAGAUACUAUGUCACAAGUGGACAUUGUUGAGAAAAUCUUGAGGUCAUUAACCUCUAGGUUUGAUUAUGUGGCAUGUUCUAUUGAAAAGUCAAAUGAUUUGGAUCUGAUGACAUUGGAUGAACUGCAAAGUAGCCUUUUGGUUUAUAAACAAAGGUUGAAUCGACACAAAGGAGGUUCAAGAGAAGAACAAGCUUUGAAGGUUUCUCAUGGGGACAGGUUUGACGGAAGCAGCAGAGGUAGGGGUUAUGCAGCUCAGGGUCGAGGAAGAGGUAGAGGAAGGCAGCAUUUGAACAAAGCUACCGUGGAGUGCUUCAAGUGUCAUAAAUUAGGACACUUUUAA